AUGCAGCGCGCCAAGGAGCAGGAGCUCACUGAGGAGGAAAAGAUAUUGCAGCAGCAGCAACAACAACAACAACAGCUGAGGCGGCGGAAAACACCCUCUUCGAAUUCGGAGACCCGCAAUGGUAUAUCUGCAAACUCUACAUCCGAUGGCGACAGCUCUAAAGAAGCGUUUCAUCCCUCGUCUUCCACUACAUCAUCAGGGCGGCUGCCGGAUGAUUACGCCAAUUCGGUUUAUUGCAAGCAUGCGGAGGAGUUUCCGGAAAAAUUUAGAGUUUCGAUUGAUUACAGCAUUCAGGAGAAGCCGCAGCAAGUCUUGUCGAGUGCCGUGGUGCUAGCGCUGGUAGUGGUUUUCGCUUGCGGGCCGAGCUGGCUGUGGAGAGAUGGUGAAAAUUAUCGUUUUUUCCAAGCGUCAUUUGAGGACUUCAGUGAAGAGCGGCAACACGAGCUCAGGUUCCGCGCGGUUCAGGUAAUAGGAUGUCUGGCGGUGGCAAUCAUGGGAUACUGCUUUCUAGAGAGCCGAGAUGGGUUGUUAGUCCGACCGCAUCCUGGUUUCUGGAGAGUGAUCCACGGAUUGUGCUUGACAUACUUCCUUUGUUUGGUGGCGCUGCUGUCAGUGCACCGCGACGACGGGCGUUUUCUCGUGCGCAUGUUGCUGCCUGGCUUUGGGUCCAGGAAGGGAAAUGUGUUUUCAGGAACCCUCGUGCUAGACUGUUCUGUGAGCAUGAACACGCUGACUCGACAGCUGACAUCGGUUUGGUUCAUAAGCCACGCGGUAGGGUGGUUUUUGAAAAUGUGCAUAUUUCGCAGCUGGAUGUUCAAUUUGACGUUUUCAAUUCUGUUUGAAUUUUGCGAGAUGUCGCUGCAGUGGUUAAUUCCGGAGUUUCAGGAGUGUUGGUGGGACAGCAUAUUUAUUGAUGCGAUAUUUUCGAAUCUAAUGGGGAUGGUGGUUGGUUGUGCUGUGAUGCGUUGGUGCGGCAAGCGGCACUUUGACUGGCUGGGGGCUUAUCCGCGAUACCAGAAGAUCAUGUUGAAGUUCACCCCGUUCUCGAGUUGUGAAUAUGAAUGGUCUUUCUUUCGCACACCUCGCCACUUGCUGAUGACGAGUCUGCUUUUAUUCCUUUCUCUACUUGCAGAAGUCAGCGUUUUUCUGCUCAUGACCGUCUUAGACAUUCCCGCAGUACACUGGAUCAACCCGACGCGUCUCGGGCUCUUGGGGCUGCUGGCAUUUCCUGCUGUUGCUGAAUUUUAUGCGCAGCUCCAGUUUAGAUACGAUCGAAUGGGGGGUAAUGUGUUUUUAUUUGUCAUGAUUUUAACGGUGGAGUUGUUGGUAAGCAUCAAAUACGGCACUGAUCGAUUCUACUCCUCCUCCCCGGACCUGGACGUCGUCUUGCCCUGGGUAUUGGCAGGCGCGCUCUUUGGGGCCUGGUGCUGCUGCUACUUCUCGCAUGCCACGCAGGAAAGACGGAGCAAAGCAGAAACUCAUACAGAAAAGGUAGCACCACGCAAACACCAGCGGGAGAACAGCCUCCGGGAUACCGCUGCAUUGGUGCUGCUAAAGCUGCCCCCGCAGGCUUGCUUCCUGCCGCUGCUGUACCUUGCAAAGUACUACUACUACGGCGGGUCAUAA